CAAAGUAUGUAUCUGAAUUUAGAAAAUCAAUUUUAAUAUCAUCCAAAUUAUCUUGUUCUUCUUCAAAUUUCUCUUUAAUUAAUAACUCUUUUCAUUCAUUAAUAACAGUAUUCCAAUCAGUUUCUAAAGAAAUAUCUUCAUUUUUAUCAUCAUCAACAUCAGUUUCUUCAGAAGUUGAAAAGACAACAAAAAUGAGAUUAAUAGAAGAAGAAGGAUGUUGUGAUUGA